AAAGUAUCAAUACGUAUAUAACACAAUAUGGCGAGUUAAACUAAUUAGCCACCAAUGAUACACCCGGGAGUGCACUGAAAUUAGCGAGCUGCUUCAGAAAUAGAUAACCUGUUUCAUUAACUAGAUUGAAAAUGGUUUAAUUAGUGUUAUCAGUUAUUUAACAGCGUGUCCCGGUUUUGAAAAUCUGGUCACCCUAGACACCUGCGUGAUACAUACAGUCGUCUUUUGACGCAUUCAAAUUUAUCUCACGGUAAUAGAGAGGAAUAGCUGAGGUAGUGCGAUGUGUGGACAACUCGAAGACAGGUAAAUAGACAGCCAGGGACAGACAGACAGACAGACAGACAGGCAGGCAGACAGACACAGAUACACAGGCAGGCAGACAGACAGACAGACAGACAGACAGACAGACAGACAGACAGACAGACAGACAGACAGACAGACAGACAGACAGACAGACAGGCAGGCAGGCAGGCAGACAGACACAGAUACACAGGCAGGCAGACAGACAUGGCACAGCAAAGAGGAGUCAACAGUCUGCACUUCAACCAGGACCAGAGCUGUUUCUGCUGUGCGAUGGAGACAGGGGUUCGAAUCUACAACGUGGAGCCACUCAUGGAGAAGGGACACCUGGAUCUGGAGCAGCUGGGCAGUGUGAGUUUGGUGGCGAUGCUGCACAGGUCCAACCUGCUGGCUGUCGUGGGGGGGGGCAGCAACCCCAAAUUCUCAGAGAUCUCAGUUCUUAUUUGGGAUGACGCUCGUGAGUCUAAAGACUCAAAGGACAAGAUGGUUCUCGAGUUCACCUUCCCUAAGCCUGUGCUGGCUGUGCGCAUGAGACACGACAAGAUCAUCAUUGCAUUGCGCAGCAGAAUCUAUGUUUACACCUUCCCUGAUAACCCCACCAAACUCUUUGAGUUCGACACCCGAGACAACCCCAAAGGCCUGUGUGAUCUCUGCCCCAGUCUGGAGAAGCAGCUCCUGGUCUUCCCUGGACACAAGUGUGGCAGCCUGCAGCUCGUGGAUCUCUCGAACACCAAGCCCGGCACAUCGGCGGCCCCUGUCACGGUGAACGCUCACCAGAGCGAGAUCGCCUGCGUGGCGCUGAGCCAGCAGGGCAGCGUGGUGGCCUCCGCCUCCAGGAAGGGCACCCUGAUCCGGCUCUUCGACACCCAGACCAAGGAGAAGCUGGUGGAGCUGAGGAGAGGCACCGACCCAGCUACCCUGUACUGCAUCAAUUUCAGCCACGACUCCUCCUUCCUGUGUGCCUCCAGUGAUAAAGGCACGGUGCACAUCUUCGCUCUGAAAGACACCAGACUGAACCGGAGAUCCGCGCUUGCCCGUGUAGGGAAGGUGGGUCCUGUGAUUGGUCAGUAUGUUGAUUCUCAGUGGAGUCUCGCCAGCUUCACUGUCCCGGCUGAGUGCGCCUGCAUCUGCGCCUUCGGAAGAAACACGUCCAAGAACGUCAACUCUGUCAUAGCGAUCUGUGUCGACGGCACGUUUCACAAGUAUGUGUUCACUCCCGAUGGGAACUGCAACAGAGAGGCCUUCGAUGUGUACCUCGAUAUCUGUGACGAUGACGACUUCUAAUCAAUGACCUGCACCCUGCACCCCGAGACCUCAACCCUGCACCCCGAAACCUCCACCCUGAAACCUGCACCCUCCACCCCGAAACCUCCACCCUCCACCCUGCACCCCGAAACCUGCACCCUGCACCCCGAAACCUCCACCCUCCACCCUGCACCCCGACUUUUGUUGUACAGUCUAAUAAUCAGUAUAUGAAUUGUAGGCUGUGUAAACUGUACAUGGUAAUGAAUUGUGCUGUAUUUUAAAAAUGUAGAAACUGAAAUAAACUUUUAAACGACUUUGA